AUGCUGGGGGAGCAGCCCGAGGCUCUGGGCAUCAUCAUUCAGGACAACUGGUGGUACCAGGCAAACUCUAGAGCCCUGUGUGGGGACCUUAGUGAACCCCAGGGUUCCAGUGAAAGAGCCGUCUGGGUACCCCUUCCUGACUGCUGCCCUCGCCCACCCCACAGCAUGGCUGACAAGAAUGGGGCCCUCAAGUGUACCUUCUCAGCGCCUGGCCACAGUGCAGGCCUCCUGCAGGGCCUCGCCACAUUGCGUGCCCAGGGCCAGCUGCUUGAUGUGGCUCUUACCGUCAACACUGAGGUCUUCCAUGCACACAAAGUGGUUCUGGCCGCCUGCAGCGACUACUUCAGGGCCAUGUUCACUGGCGGCAUGCGGGAGGCAGGCCAGGCAGUGGUGGAGCUGAAAGGUGUGUCAGCGCGUGGGCUGCGGCACAUUGUGGACUUCGCCUACAGUGCAGAGGUGACACUGGACCUGGACUGCGUGCAGGAUGUGCUGGGUGCAGCUGUGUUUCUGCAGAUGCUGCCAGUAGUGGAACUGUGCGAGGAGUUCCUCAAAGCAGCCAUGAGCGUGGAGACCUGCCUGCACAUUGGCCACAUGGCUACUGCCUUCAGCCUGGCCUCACUGCGUGCCUCUGUGGACGCUUUCACCUUCCGGCACUUCUUGCAAAUCUCCCAGGAGGAGGACUUCUUGCACCUGCCACUCGAGCGUCUUGUCUUCUUCCUUCAGAGCAACCACCUGCAGAGCUGCGCCGAGAUCGACCUGUUCCAUGCUGCCGUGCGUUGGCUACAGCAUGACCCCGCCCGGCGGCCACGUGCCAGCCAGGUGCUGUGCCACGUGCGUUUCCCACUGAUGCAGCCCUCGGAGCUGGUGGACAGUGUGCAGACGCUGGACCUCAUGGUGGAGGAUGCACUGUGCCGCCGCUACCUGCUUGAGGCCUUCAACUACCAGGUGUUGCCCUUCCGGCAGCAUGAGAUGCAGUCGCCACGCACAGCUGUGCGUUCAGAUGUGCCCUCGCUGUUGACCUUUGGUGGCACACCCUACACUGACCACGACCGUGCUGUCAGCGCCAAGGUAUACCUGCUGCCUGAGCCAGGGGCCCGCCAGUUCCGUGAGCUGGCUGAGAUGGAGGUAGGCUGUAGUCAUACCUGCGUGGCUGUGCUAGACAAUUUUGUGUAUGUGGCAGGUGGUCAGCACCUGCAGUACCGCAGUGGUGAGGGUGCCGUGGACGCCUGUUACCGCUAUGACCCGCACCUCAACCAGUGGCUGCGGCUGCAGGCCAUGCAGGAGAGCCGCAUCCAGUUCCAGCUGAAUGUGCUGGGUGGCCUGGUCUAUGCCACAGGCGGCCGCAACCGUGCCGGCAGCCUGGCUUCGGUGGAGCGCUACUGCCCACGCCGCAAUGAGUGGGGCUAUGCCUGUUCACUCAAGCGGCGCACUUGGGGCCACGCAGGUGCAGCAGCAGGUGGCCGGCUUUACGUGUCGGGUGGCUAUGGCAUCUCAGUGGAGGACAAGAAGGCAUUGCACUGCUACGAUCCGGUGGCCGAUCAGUGGGAAGCACGAGCGCCCAUGAGUGAGCCACGUGUGCUGCAUGCUAUGGUGGGUGCCAGUGGGCGGCUAUACGCACUGGGUGGCCGCAUGGACCAUGUAGACCGCUGCUUUGAUGUGCUGGCAGUUGAGUACUACGUGCCCGAGGCUGACCAGUGGACCAGUGUCAGCCCCAUGCGUGCCGGCCAGUCGGAGGCUGGCUGCUGUCUGCUGGAGCACAAGAUCUACGUGGUCGGCGGCUACAACUGGCGCCUCAACAACGUCACAGGGCUUGUGCAGGUCUACAACACAGAAACUGAUGAGUGGGAGCGCGACCUGCACUUCCCAGAGUCCUUCGCCGGUGUUGCCUGUGCUUCUGUCCUGCUGCCCCGUGCUGCCACUGCACGCAGGUAG